ACUCUCUCUGCCCUUCUCACACUCCCUGGCAUUCGUCCCCAGCUGAUCCUCUCACAGAGCUGCCAUGGGACAGAGCGGACAGCGCCGAAUGGCCCUGGAUUAGAGUGCUGAAAAUUGAUACUGCGAACGAUUGCACAGGGGGAAAAAGAAGUAAAUAUUUUUUAACUGUGAUAUCCAAACAAGAAAAGCGGGUUUUUCUUGACCAUGACGGAUACUGUAACCGAGGAAGAGAAGGAUCCUGAUAUUGAAUUAUUUGUUAAGGCUGGGAGUGACGGGGAGAGCAUCGGAAACUGCCCUUUCUCCCAACGUCUCUUCAUGAUCCUUUGGCUGAAGGGAGUAGUCUUUAACGUCACUACCGUCGAUUUAAAAAGGAAACCAGCUGAUCUUCACAACCUCGCCCCAGGAACACAUCCGCCAUUCCUUACCUUUGAGGGAAACGUUCUCACAGAUGUCAACAAGAUAGAAGAGUACCUGGAGGAGAUCCUGGGUCCACCCAAGUAUCCCAGGCUUGCAACAAAGAACCGUGAAUCCAAUGUUGCAGGAAAUGACAUCUUUGCCAGGUUCUCAGCUUACGUCAAAAAUACAAGACCGGAGAAAAAUCGCUCUUUGGAGAAGAGUCUGAACAAAGCCUUGGCGAAACUGGACGAGUAUUUAAUGAGGCCGAUUCCUGAUGAGGUUCAAUCUGGACGGCACAGUGGUGAAGGCCCGUCCAGCCGCAAAUAUCUAGACGGCGAUGAACUGACACUUGCUGACUGCAACCUUCUACCCAAGCUCCAUGUUGUUAAGGUGGUUGCAAAGAAAUACAGAAACUAUGACGUCCCUUCUGAAUUCAAAGGGGUGUGGCGUUACCUUGACAACGCCUACAAGCGAGACGAGUUCACUAACACAUGUGCAGCAGAUGUGGAGAUCGAGCUAGCCUACCAGGCCGUGGCCAAGAGGCUAGAAAAAUGAAGCAACAGCUAAUAACUUCCAGUUAUAAAGAAAAUUACAUCUGCUCCUUACAUGUGAUUUAACAUUUUCAUUGCUUAUUUGUAAGUAUAUCUCACACUAGUAGUUUAUCUCAGUCAAAAUAUGUAUUAAAACAAGAACAAAAGAACUUAGCAUAUUCACAACAGAUGAAGCCAAUGAUACUAGCAUCUAGGUAACAUCUAAAUGUUAAUGAAAAUGAUAACAUAGCAUUGGAAGCUAAUGAAUAUUUAUUAACAAUACAUGGAUUUGUAGGGAUUUUUCUUCAAAAAUAAAGAAUAUGUGAACAAUUAUUUUCAAACAGCAUACAGAACAGAAGCUAACGUUAUUAGCUAUCUUGCUAAUGCUAGCAUGACAUUAGCAUUUAAGCUGAGUGGAUAGCCAAGAAUAAAUAUUAUUUUUAAGCAAUUUUCAAAAAUCCUCCAGAUAUUUUAUUGCAUUAAUUUAUUAUUAUUUAAUUUC